CUUCCAUGGGUGUCGCGAGUGACGAUAGCUCCUGCCAUUCAGGCAACGGGCGACGAUGGAGCGAUAGCAAGUAUGGCAGUCACUCCGUGGCAGUUCAAGUUCUUUGACGUCUCGCAAGUCAAGCUCCCCGACGACGAGAGCUCCUUCCUGUCUGAGAUCGGGAAUAUCACGUGCAUUACAUCUGGAUCUGAAAGCAUAUUUCUGGGCAGCGCAGAUGGCAUUGUUCGCAUCGUGUCGCAAGCCUUCAAGGUUGUGCGCUCGUUCAAGGCCCAUGAUGCAGGCGCAAUUACGCACAUGAAGCAGGUCGAGGGCACUUCUCUUCUCGUCACCAUAGCCGAAGAUCUCUCUGGAGAGCCGGUGCUGAAAGUAUGGGCUCUGGACAAGCUGGAGAAGAAGACAGGCAUCCCGCGGUGUCAGAGCACCCUCACCGUCCACAAUGGGCGCAAGCAGUUCCCCAUAUCCGCUUUCGCCGCACUCGACGACCUUUCGCAACUUGCCGUCGGAUUCGCAAACGGUGCCGUCACUGUUGUCCGAGGCGACCUCAUACAUGAUCGCGGCGCUCGGCAACGGACGGUAUUCGAAUCGGAGGAACCCAUCACUGGCAUAGAAUUCAGAGAAGGGAGCAUCACAACCUUGUACAUCGCGACAACCGGACGGAUUAUGACACUAGUGAUAUCUGGAAGGGGUCAAGGACAGCCUGCAAAGUCUCUUGAUGAGUAUGGCUGUGGUGUGGGUUGCAUGGCUGUGGAUAAGGCAUCGCGCGAUGUUGUGGUCGCGCGAAGUGAUGCCAUAUACUACUAUGGCCAACACGGUCGCGGGCCGCCGUACACAUACGAGGGCGAGAAGAAGAUGAUCUCCGUAUUCAAGGAUUACGUUGCGAUAGUCGCGCCCCCUAAAUCGAAUGCGAUGCCCCGGUCGAACCCUCUCCGUACCUUUGGCAUCGGUGCCGCUGACGAUGUUUUCAAUACAUCGAGCUUCACCCUGCUUAACACAGAGUUGAGGUUUGUCGCACAUCAGGAGCAACUGACUUCGCAAGUGAAGGCUGUUAUCUCCGAAUGGGGUGACCUGUUCGUCUUCACACUUGACGGUAAAAUCUUCAGAUACCAUGAGAAGCCCUUUGCCCAAAAACUGGACAUACUGUACCAGCGUAAUCUAUAUGUCUUGGCCAUCAAUCUGGCUCAGAAGGCCGGACUAGAUUCGUCACAACAAAACAUCAUCCUCCGGAAGUUUGGCGACUACCUGUAUUCCAAACAAGAUUAUGAUACUGCUAUGCAGCAAUACCUGAAGGCUAUCGACAACACCGAACCAUCUCAGGUCAUCCGGAAGUUUCUUGAUACGCAACGGAUUCACAACUUGAUAGAGUAUCUUGAGGAACUCCACGAUCAUCAUAAAGCAACAUCAGACCACACAACUCUCCUACUGAACUGUUACGCCAAGCUAAAGGAUGUAGAGAAGCUGGAAGAGUUCAUCAAGUCACCAGACGAUCUGAAGUUUGACCUUGAUACCGCUAUCUUGAUGUGUCGCCAGGGGGGCUACUACGACCAAGCGGCAUUCCUUGCUCGAAAACACGGUGAACACGAGCUGGUCGUGGAUGUACUCAUUGAAGAUUCAAAACGGUACGCGGAAGCCCUAGCCUACGUAUGGCGAUUGGAGCCGGAGGUAGCCUACUUCAACCUCAUGAAAUACGCGACGAUACUGUUGCAGCACAUCCCCAAGGACACAACGCAGCUUUUCAUCGACUAUUACACCGGAAACUUCCGACCCAAGAAGGAUGCUAUAGUCAUACCGAACGCGCCUGCAUCCGGAGGAGGCGGUGGUAUGAGUAUGGGCCUAGGAGUUGCAUCGAGCGCUGUGCAAAACCUCGCUGCACUACUUCCUCUGCCAUACAUGAACACCAACGCGUUGGCAUCGCCUCCCAGUGGUGAACAGAAGAGCACCAUGAGCCAAGCUCAGAUCAUCGAAACGACUACCGAUGAGCCCGCGCCAGAAUACAAGGUACCGAAACCGCGAACUGCAUUCUCCGCAUUUGUCGAUCAUCCGCAGGAGUUUAUAGUCUUCCUCGAGGCGUGUAUCGCAUCCAAUGACCUACGUGAAGACGACAAAGUCGAUCUUUACACAACGUUGUUUGAGAUGUACCUCCACACUGCAUCGUCGAAGAAGGAUGGUGAGCGACAAGAGUGGGAGAACAAAGCCAAGAAGCUCGUCGAAGGCAAGGACAUACCAAUAGAUACAUCCAACGUCCUGCUAUUAUCUCAUCUUUCCAACUUCCGCGAUGGCGCCAUCCUCGUCCGCGAACAACAAGGACUACACUUUGACAUAUUCCGAUCCUACACUGCCGCAAACGACACCCAAGGUGCUAUCCGCGCUCUCCGCAAAUACGGCCCAGAGGAACCAGCACUUUACCCUGCAGCUCUCGCCUACUUCACUUCCACCCCUGAGAUCCUUGCGGAAGCUGGCGACGAACUCGAUGCAGUCCUCAAGAAGAUCGACGAAGACGGUCUCAUGGCUCCCCUCCAGGUAAUCCAGACCCUCUCCACCAACGGCGUCGCAACAAUGGGCAUGAUAAAAGCCUACCUCAGCACCACCAUCGAGCGCGAGCGCGCAGAAAUCGCCGCCAACCGCCGUAAUAUCGAAACCUUCCGCUCCGACACCACUGCCAAAAAGCACGAGCUCGAGAACCUGAACACCAAGCCUGCCGUGUUCCAAAACUCGCGCUGUCAGGUCUGCAUGAAGAGUCUGGAGUUACCUGUUGUGCACUUUUUGUGUAAGCAUAGCUAUCAUCAGAGUUGUCUGAGUACCGAUGAGGAUGUGCAUGAUGCGGAGGUCGAGUGUCCAAUCUGUAGCUCGAACAACGCGACGGUCAAGGCCAUUCGUAGGGCGCAGGUUGAGAGCGCGGAGAGGCACGAUCUUUUCCAGGAUGCGCUCAAGAGAGGCAAGGACGGUUUUGCGGUCAUUAGUGAGUGGUUUGGUAGAGGUGUUAUGGGUGUGGGUGGUUCGGACUAGGCGACUUGCAACUAUAGCGAACGACGAUUAUAUAUGAGACGGAUGGAAGAUAUGGUAAUUCACUUGAUGAAAUCGUAAAGAUCAUGC